AUUUGCAUAGACAACCUUGUAUCUUUGUUAACUAUAAUCUUUAGCGGGCCAACAGACAGGCGCCAAGGGCAACUCCCCGACAAGGCUUGAACUUUACCCCUUUUAGACCGCCAUGACCGUAAACAUUAUUGCCGUUCGUGCUCUCAACAAUCCAGCACAAUAUACGGACGUAAUUUCCUUCGAAAUUGAGUACGAAGCGCUUACAGACCUUCAGGAAGACCUGGCCUGGAAGAUUGUUUACGUGGGCUCCGCUGACAGCGACCGCUAUGACCAAGUACUAGAAAACGUCGAGGUCGGACCGGUUGCACGAGGAACCUUCAAGUUCGUGCUGGAGGCCAACCCGCCCAAUCCACAGCUCAUUCCUGCCGACGACAUUGUGGGCGUCACCGUCAUCCUCCUGACUUGCAGCUACCGGGAGCAGGAGUUUAUUAGGGUUGGAUACUAUGUCAACAACGAGUACAUGGACGAGGAGCUGCGAGAGAACCCGCCCGAGCAGCCGCGGUUGGACAGGCUGCAGCGCAGCAUUCUCGCGGACCACCCCCGCGUGACGCGCUUCCCGAUCGCCUUUGACGCUCCCGAGGCCCCGGUGGGCGCCCAGCCCAUGGAGGAGGAUCCGAGCAACGCCAUGCAGGCGGAGGGGCAACCGGCUGCAUACUCGUCAGCAAUGCCAGCUGAUCCGGCGCCGGCGCAGCACUUCAUGGAGGCGCAGCAGGGGAUGAUGUUUGACGGGCACGGUCAGCAGCCGGCGCCGCAGCAGAUGUACCAGUACGUGCCGGUGCAGUAAGGGCUCGUUGCCCGUGCAGGUCAUCUUGCUGUUUAGGGGUUAUUCGGGGGAGUCGUGACGUCGAAGGGGAUUAAGCGGAUAGAGUCCAGGUGUACUUACACUACGCGGGUGUCGGCUGUCGCACCCUACCGCAUACGGUGUGCCAUGUCAACCGCCCACGACAGCGGCGCAUAAAUCAGAGCCGGUGGUCAGCCUUUGCUUAUUUCUCUCGCUCGCUUAUUGGUGCUUUUGUUAAGGGAGGAGGAGGCAGACGCAGCUUGUAUGCAGCUUUUGUUGAUACAUGGCUUUGACAGCGGGGCCGGCUUAUACAAGUUAGCCGCUGGGAACUCCUCCAGUAAGGACAUGUACACUUUUUGUUGUUAUAUUAGUAGUCGUCAUGGUUGAAGCUUUUGCAUAGACUGGCAGGUGUUGUGUGGAAGCAAGGGACAUUCGUCCUUGCGUGAAGAUCGAGGCUGAGUCUAUUAGAGUCAUCGAAUAGACUGGGACAAAGUAAUAACUAGGGCUGCGUCGAUAGGCCUGUACUGCGCUGUGGUAGGUUCUUGGUUACAUUGGCGCCAAACGGCGGACUUUCAUCGUAUGCCAGUACUAAAUGCUUCUGUAAAAGUAUAAUGAACCAUUACGAUGGUGUUCUUGCUGAGCCGUUGAUCGCGACCGACGGAUAGACUCCACGCACGGCAGUUUGUCAUCCGCCACUCGUUUGCCAUCAUAACGGCUUCCUAAGCACACAGUGUGGAGGUUCGGAUAUACAUAUACAGCUAACGACAAGAGUGCAUAUUGUGUAAGCGUAGCCUUACUCCGAGACCCCGCGAGAUGGCCCUCAGGCUACGCAUGCCCUCAGCCGUCCAUCGGUCAACUCCACUAGCAGCGGCUAGAAUUUACGGAAGGUUCUCUCGGGGAGGACUGCAAUGCUGCGCAGAGGCUCAGGAGCAGGCACCUGCUGUUGGCCCGCCGCAACGUACGCGAAGCAACUCCAUGAUUCGAAGCCUGGCAGCUGCUGUUGAGCUUACCGGUCAGAUACAACGAUACGAAACGCUCGCUGGCAGGAGUGCAAUGGUGGGCGUCGCAGCGGCGCUCUUCAUCGAAUUGGUUACCGACCACAGCAUCAUUUUGGCGAUCAAUCCCGACACCGCUUUAACAUACGCUGGUGUCGUCGCGGCGACGCUCGCAGCUGCCGUAGCCGUCGCACUGGCGAGGUCGCGUAUGGACUCCCUCGGUGUGGGCGGCAGCUUGGCGGUGCUGGAAGCCGUAUACGCCUCCCUCACCGCCGUUCGCCGCUCUGCUGCAAGCGUCACGCAGGCGCAGGUUGACAAGGCGGUCGACGGGCUGUUGGAGGGUGUUCUGGACAGCCGCUUUGACAGCUUCUCCAUUGAUGGACUGCUGGAGCCCAGCACGGACGAGGAGGAGGAUGUGUGAAGAAGGGGGUCUCGAUCUGUCGCUAGCAUGCGGUGUUGGGGUGUAUAGGGGCAUGCAUGCACGCUUGCAUGCACGCGUUGUAGCAUAAAACAGGAUGGGAAUGUUGGAAACCGGUAGUGGUUUGUAACAGGGGCGUACUCGGGCGUGGACGAAGGUACAAGGUUGUCGCGCUAUUGCGGUAGGAGGAGGUGGCUUACCAGAGGGCUGGCCUUGAAGCCGCCGCGGUGGAAUGAGGUGCGCAUGUUGGUGGAUGACCUUGGAAUGGUUGCGAAAGCUGUUGGCGCCUGUGGUGUUCCUUGCGAGUGAGGAAAGAGGUGAGGGAAGGAACUCAUUUGAGGCGUAAGCUGCCUGUUACUGUUACGGGCUGGCAUCUAUAUUUAUAGUAUGUCAAAUGGCUGCUGUUGACUAGAAAACCAGGAACACAUGCUCGCUGCUUGGGCGCGCCUCCUUUGGACGAUUGGCUGCUUCCCCCGGCAUCAGCGUUCGUGUGGUGCAGUGGUGCACAAUGCAACUGCAUGCGCCGGUACUUUGUUGCGUUGCUGGGGCGCCACCAUGUGUUUCCCCACCUUGACGACUUGAAGACAUAUGCCUCGAAUUGUGGUGGGUUUGCUGUCUUGGUCGUUUUGUUUAGUUGUUUAGUGUUUUUCCUCGAGAGCCCCGCACCGCCUUUCGCCCCAUGCUGCUAUACAUUCUUGCGAGGGGUUUACUUAGGCGACAGGGCCGCUUGUUGCUUGGUGGUGGUGUUUCUUUGAAGGCUGUUUUGCUUUCUCUUGUUGCCUGGAUGCUGCGUCGAGUAUGCCGGUAGCAUCCGCCUUUGCAUUCCAAUUUCAAGGUUUUAUACGAAUCGGAUCAGCAGCGGUGGUUGGUAUCCUGUUGUAAUCUGGUACGGCGGAGACAUGACAGAUUUGGUGCUGUGAGGAGUUUGAGUCAGGGGGCAAAGUACGUUUCUCUUCUGCAAGCGUGCGGUGUUACAGGCGGAUUGCGGAGUUGCGGUUGUCGUCUUCUGGGCCAAACAGAGCUGCUGUCAGUCGUUCUGGCUAUCCAGUAGGUACUUGUGGAAAUCGUUAACAGGUGUAGUACGGGCGAAGUACGGCAGCUGGAGUUGAAGGUCUGGUGGUACUUCUUUGUCGUCACACUCAGAACCUGAAUCCGCGUUUGUUGUAUUCUAUAUAAUUUGGACCUUGGCCCUUGUGACCCUGGGUCCGCCCGCACGCAUGGAUACUCGGCCCCUGGGGCCCCGUGUACGCUUAUAUUUAUAUUGAUCGGCAUUGCUGCCGGGAAGGGUAUGAGGAGCAGCCUUCAAUGCGAAGGCCUCCUGUGGCGGCUCACGACAGCACUGUAAAGUGAGCGCGCG